GGAAACAAGUGAAAAGAAAAACCUUGGGUGUCAGUCGGUCAAUAGUUCUUAUUCUCCGAUAAAACAGCGGUUAAAAACCAUGAAUAAGGAAUCAAGAGGAUAAGUUCUUUGCCGAUGCAUUACCGGUCACACAGGCCUAUCAAUUAGUUGGGUAUCCUUGCGCUUCACUAAUGUGAAGUCAUAAACCAAGGGCACAAGCACUUGGGAGCAAGCUAGCUUAGAAAAACAUCAGAAGAUGAUAAAUACCUCUUGUCUCUCUCCUCUCCCCUUUACUCAAGUAAUGAUGGCGGCUCGAAUCGUAAGCUUGGAAAACUGCCUUGAAAAGCACAUUCCUCCAGAGGAAUUACAGGAAGUCAAGCGAAUACUAUACGGGAAACCUGCUAGUCCACUGAAUCUACCAGAAGAGGCUGUGAAGUUUGCUCAAAGCCAUGAUUUUGAGCUUGCUGGUUAUAAGAUAGAGGCUGCACCUGAACAGCUACGUCAACCAAGAAUAGUGCGUAUUGGAGCUGUGCAAAAUAAGAUUGUAGCACCAACUAAUGCACCAAUAGCCAAACAGCGAGAAGCUCUUCAUGGCAGAAUUAAAGACAUUGUAGACUCAGGUGCUCUGUGUGGAGUCAAUGUCAUGUGCUUUCAAGAAUGUUGGACUAUGCCAUUUGCAUUUUGCACUCGAGAAAAGCUGCCAUGGACAGAGUUUGCAGAAUCAGCAACUGAUGGCCCAACUGUUAAGUUGUGUCAAGAGCUUGCCGAGCAGCAUAACAUGGUAAUUAUCUCACCUAUAUUGGAACGAGAUGUUGAUCAUCGUGAGAUACUAUGGAAUACUUCAGUGGUAAUAUCCAACACUGGUGACAUCAUAGGCAAAACAAGAAAGAAUCAUAUCCCUAGAGUAGGGGACUUCAAUGAGUCCACAUAUUACAUGGAAGGGAACAUGGGACACCCAGUGUUUCAGACACAGUUUGGUCGCAUAGGAAUAAGUAUUUGCUAUUCUCGGCAUCAUCCACUGAACUGGUUGAUGUUUGGUAUCAACGGAGCAGAGAUUGUUUUUAAUCCAUCAGCAACUGUUGGUGCUUUGAGUGAACCAAUGUGGCCUAUUGAAGCAAGAAAUGCUGCAAUUGCUAACUCCUACUUUACUGUGGCCAUCAACAGGGUUGGAACUGAAUCAUUUGAACAUGAGUUUACCUCAGGUGAUGGAAAACCAGCACACAAGGAUUUUGGAGAGUUUUAUGGUUCUUCUUAUGUUGCUGCCCCUGAUGGAAGUCGUACUCCUGGAUUGUCCAGAACCAGAGAUGGACUUUUGGUGACAGAAGUGGAUUUAAACUUGUGUCGGCAAAUUAAAGAUAAAUGGGGAUUCCCAAUGACAUCAAGGCUUGACAUGUAUGCUAACCUGUUGACUGAUGCUGUCCAACAUGACUACAAGCCACUGGUUGUUAAUCAAGAACAGAAAUAAGUACACCUUUUGACUGAAAACUCAUUUUAGUACCCUACCUCACCACUGAAAAAAUGUGUAGCCUGAUUGGGAAUGAGACAAGCUAUGAUGCUCAAAUGCAACAAGGAUACUCAAUUAUAAAGAGUGAAAAAAGUAAUGUUGUCUAGUAUUAAAUUAUUGUUUCUUGAAAA